AUGGCGGAUGACUCGGGUGAUGAGGAGCCCGCCUCGCAGUCAGACAAGAGCGAGCUGCACGGCACGUUGAAAACCCUCUCGAGUAAGCUGGAGGAUCUGAGCACUUGCAAUGACCUGAUCGCGAAGCACGGGGCGGCCCUGCAGCGCUCGCUCAGCGAGCUGGAGAACCUGAAGCUACCGGCUGAGAGCGGCGAGAAGAUCAAGGCGGAAAAAAUCCGCAUCACCUCCAAUGCUAUGAUCAACGCUUGCCGCGAUUUCCUGGACUUGGCCGAAACUCACAGCCGAAAAUGGCAGCGGGCGCUGCAGUAUGAGCGGGAGCAGAGGAUCCGGCUGGAGGAGACGAUCGAGCAGUUAGCCAAACAGAACAACAGCUUGGAGCGAGCCUGCCGCGGGGCCCCUGGCCUGUCCUCCGGCAGCACCGGCAUCACCAGCACUGCCAAGGGGAGUGUGCAGUCUGCAAAAGGAGAGGCCAGUGAUGAAGAUGAAGAGACAGAGUAUUUUGAUGCCAUGGAGGAUGCACCAGCUUUUAUCACUGUAACUGCAGACCCCAAGCACCACAGGCGUUCGGGCAGUAACCUGAGUGGGGCCAGCGAGGGCCACCCCGAGGACUGGAACCUGGAGGACAGCGUCUUUGAAAGCUCAAAUCAAAGCAGCUACAAUGAGUCCACUUGCAAAGAUCUCCUGCCGAAGAAAAGGAGACGGACUCGCAUCCCCGACAAACCCAACUACAGCCUUAACCUCUGGAGCAUCAUGAAAAACUGCAUUGGCAAAGAGCUCUCCAAGAUCCCCAUGCCCGUAAACUUCAACGAGCCGCUCUCCAUGCUGCAGAGGCUGACGGAGGACCUGGAGUACCACGAGCUGCUGGACAAAGCGGUCAAGUGCGAGAGCUCCACAGAGCAGAUGUGCUUUGUCGCUGCGUUUUCGGUGUCUUCCUACUCAACAACUGUCCACCGCACCGCAAAGCCAUUCAACCCGCUGCUGGGGGAAACCUAUGAGCUUGACCGACUGGAGGAGUUUGGUUUCCGUUCCCUGUGCGAGCAGGUGAGCCACCACCCUCCGGCAGCCGCCCAUCACGUCUACUCCAAGCGAGGGUGGACGUUGUGGCAGGAAAUCACGAUCGCCAGCAAGUUCAGGGGCAAAUACCUCUCCAUCAUGCCGCUGGGCGCCAUCCACCUCGAGUUCCACUCCAGCGGGAAUCACUACGUCUGGAGGAAAGUCACCUCCACCGUUCACAACAUCAUCGUGGGCAAACUCUGGAUUGACCAGUCUGGUGAAAUAGAGAUUGUUAACCAUAAGUCAAAAGAUAAAUGCCAGCUGAAAUUUACCCCCUACAGCUACUUCUCCAGAGAUGUCCCCCGAAAGGUGACAGGGGUGGUGAGUGAUGCUGAUGGUAAAGCUCACUACGUCAUGUCGGGCACAUGGGACGAGAAGAUGGAGUGCUCCAAGAUAGUGCAGAGCAGCCACGGCAGCACCAGCAUGGAGGGCAAGCAGAAAACUGUCUACCAAACACUGUCUCCAAAGGUCCUGUGGAAGAAGUACCCCCUCCCGGAGAACGCCGAGAACAUGUAUUUCUUCUCUGACCUGGCCCUCACCCUGAACGAGCCCGAGGAGCGGGUGGCCCCGACGGACAGCCGGCUGAGACCCGACCAGCGGCUGAUGGUGGGGGGAGCGUGGGUCUCGCUGCCUUUCGGGUGGGAAAAGCAGCCCUUACCCGGUGUUUCUCCCCGGGCAGGCAAGGACUACGAAGGGUACAUCCCGCUGUGGUUCGAGCGCAAGGUGGAUGCCGUGACGGGGGAGCUGAUCUGCGUCUAUAAGGGCGGCUACUGGGAGGCCAAGGACAAGCAGGACUGGAGUACGUGCCCCGACAUCUUCUGA